AUGGUAUUUGCGAUUGAUGAGGUCAAUGAGAAUCCUAAGGUCUUGCCCAAUGUCACGCUCGGGUUCCACAUCUAUGAUAGCUACAAAGAUGCUAAGAUGACCUACCGCACCACUCUGGAUCUGCUGUUUAACUCACAUACUUUUGUCCCCAACUACAAAUGUGGUUACCAGGAAAAUGUAAUAGGAGUCAUUGGGGGACUUAGCUCUGAGGUCACCUCGUGCAUGGCAGACAUCUUGGGUCUUUACAAAAUUCCACAGCUCCACUCAUUCCUACAGAAGAUCUCAUUCAACAACUCUGUUGGGGAUGAAAUUACAUUAAAUGAACGUGGAGAAUUAGCAGCUGGUUUUGAUAUUACAAAUUUGAUCACGUUCCCAAACAGAUCCUACAUCAGGGUCAAAGUGGGAAGGCUGGAUCCUCAGGUCCCUCCAGGCAAAGACCUCACCAUUAAUGAUGGACAGAUUAAAUGGCACAGGGGCUUGACGCAGGAGGCAACCUGCCCACUCAGACAAACAGGUUUUGGCAUUGUCUUCUCUGUGGCCCUCACUAGCAUCUUGGCCAAAACUAUAUCAGUGGUUGUGGCAUUCAUGGCUACCAAGCCAGGAUCCACAAUCAGGAAGUGGGUAGGCAAAAAACUGGCUUAUUCCAUAGUCCUCUCUGGCUCCACUGUUCAAGUAGGGCUCUGUGGUCUUUGGCUGGCAACUUUCCCCCCAUUCCCUGAUUUGGACAUGCAAUCAAUGAGUGAAGAAAUUAUAUUGUUAUGUAAGGAAGGGUCCGUCCAUAUGUUCUACUGUGUUUUGGGCUACAUGGGCUUCCUGGCUACUGUCAGCUUCACUGUGGCCUUCCUAGCCAGGAAGUUACCUGACAGUUUCAAUGAAGCCAAGUUCAUCACCUUCAGCAUGCUGGUCUUUUGCAGUGUUUGGAUCUCCUUUAUUCCAACUUACCUGAGCACCAGAGGAAAAUACAUGGUGGCUGUGGAGAUCUUCUCCAUCUUGACUUCUAGUGCUGGAUUACUGGCUUGCAUCUUUUUCCCCAAAUGCUACAUUAUUCUUGUGAGGCCUGAGUUGAACACCAGAGAACAUCUAAUGCAAAGAAAGAUAUAA